AUGGUUACACGAACUUGGUAUCAAUUCUUGAUACUGGAAUCCAAUUACUACAUGACAAUAUACUAUGGUAGUGGAAACGGAUGUGAAAAAUUAGAACUGUCUUUUGUAUAUUUUUUCCAACAAUUUCGAAAAAGUUAUAUUGGUGAAAGUUCUCAAAGAAUUUCUAAAGUUUAUAGUAAAUUAUCUGAGAAUCUUGGAAUAAAUGAUCAAAAUAUGCUUCUUGAGAUUAUUGUAAGGAAAAUAGCAACAAAUCUCCAAACGUGGGGUGAUAGUUCAAGUAUUGUUAAACAAAGUGUGACAUUGCUUAAUGACUUGGCUGGAGGUUAUAGUUCAGUUAGGCUUUUACGCAAAAUUGAAACCCUAAGGAUCAUAUCAAAUGAUGUAUUUAAAGCAAUCUCGAGAGCUUUAUCGCCAUAUAAUUCAAAAACACCAAAAUUAACAUAA